AUGGCUUCUUCUCUGCCUAAACGCAAAAUCUGCUACUACUAUGAUGGUGAUGUUGGCAACUACUACUACGGCCAGGGACAUCCCAUGAAACCACAUCGCAUAAGGAUGACCCACAACCUCAUCCUCAAUUACGGCCUUUAUCGGAAAAUGGAAAUUUAUAGGCCACACAAAGCCACGGCUGAGGAAAUGACCAAGUUCCACAGUGAUGACUACAUCAAGUUUCUCCGCAGCAUACGACCUGACAACAUGGCUGAGUACAAUAAGCAGAUGCAAAGAUUUAACGUUGGUGAAGACUGCCCAGUCUUUGAUGGCAUGUAUGAGUUCUGUCAGCUGUCCACUGGUGGAUCUGUGGCCGGAGCUGUCAAACUGAACAAACAGGCAGCAGACAUUGCCAUCAACUGGGCAGGAGGACUCCACCAUGCCAAGAAGUCUGAGGCCUCUGGGUUUUGCUAUGUCAAUGACAUUGUCCUGGGAAUCCUGGAGUUGCUCAAGUAUCACCAGAGAGUCUUGUAUGUGGACAUUGAUAUCCAUCAUGGUGACGGUGUGGAGGAAGCUUUCUACACUACAGACAGGGUCAUGACUGUGUCCUUUCACAAGUACGGAGAAUACUUUCCUGGCACCGGCGACCUCAGGGACAUUGGUGCAGGCAAGGGCAAGUACUACGCUGUCAACUUUCCUCUACGAGAUGGCAUUGAUGAUGAGUCGUAUGAGAGCAUCUUUAAACCUGUGAUCACACGAGUCAUGGAGAUGUACCAGCCAAGUGCUAUAGUGCUUCAGUGUGGAGCUGACUCCUUGUCUGGGGACAGGCUUGGCUGCUUCAACUUGACCCUCAAAGGUCAUGGCAAAUGUGUGGAGUUUAUCAAGAAGUGGAACCUGCCAGUCCUGUUGCUGGGUGGCGGUGGAUACACCAUCAGAAAUGUGGCCCGGUGCUGGACUUACGAGACUUCUAUAGCUCUCAACUGUGACGUGGCCAAUGAAUUACCUUACAAUGAUUACUUUGAGUACUAUGGACCAGACUUUAAGUUGCACAUCAGCCCGUCGAACAUGGCCAAUCAGAACACACCAGAAUACAUGGACAAAAUUAAGACCCGCCUGUUUGAGAACCUGAGAAUGUUGCCUCAUGCACCAGGUGUACAGAUGCAAGCCAUUCCAGAAGAUGCACUAAAUGAUGAAAGUGACGACGAGGACAAGGCGAAUCCAGACCAAAGAAUAUCUAUCAGGCAGACGGACAAGCGGAUAGCUUGUGAGGAGGAGUUCUCUGACAGUGAAGAUGAGGAUGGUGGCAGGAAAGACAGAAGAGAAUACAAAAAGAAGAGACAAAAGACGGAUGCUGAUGAUAAAAAAGAUGCUGAGAAAGAAGCAAAGAAAGAUGACAAAGAGGUCAAGAAGGAAUCGUCAGAUGUUAAAGAUGACUUCAGAGCCAGCUCAGACAAAGAUGAUAAAGCACUUCCUGUUUCUGACAAGAAAGCGGUGCCAUCCCCAGCCAAUCUUAAAGGUGACGCUUCUUCGGCUGAAGGGGUCAAGGACAGGGAGGCAGACGGCAAGUUAGCAGGAGCCAGCAUGGAACCAGACAAGAUGGAACAUUGA